AUGGGGAGAGGAAAGAUCGUGAUAAGGAGGAUCGACAAUUCGACGAGUAGGCAAGUAACGUUCUCGAAGCGAAGGAAUGGUUUGCUGAAAAAAGCCAAGGAACUUGCGAUCUUGUGCGAUGCUGAGGUAGGAGUUAUGAUCUUCUCCAGCACUGGCAAACUCUACGAUUUCGCCAGUACCAGCAUGAAAUCAGUAAUUGACCGAUACAACAAAUCAAAAGAAGAACAUCAUCAACUUGGGAGUUCAGCCUCUGAAAUUAAGUUUUGGCAAAGGGAGGCAGCAAUGUUAAGGCAACAAUUACACAAUUUGCAAGAAAGUCACAGGAAAAUGAUGGGGGAAGAACUAUCAGGUUUAACAGUCAAAGAAUUACGAAAUUUGGAGAACCAAUUGGAAAUUAGCCUUCAUGGUGUCCGCAUGAAAAAAGAUCAACUUUUAAUGGAUGAAAUACAAGAACUAAAUCGAAAGGGAAACCUCAUACACCAAGAAAAUAUGGAACUGUAUAAGAAGGUAAACCUAAUUUGUCAAGAAAACAUGGAAUUGAAAAAAAAGGUCUAUGGAACAAAAGAUGAAAAUGAGACAAAAAGAAAUUCUGUUCUCACAAAUGGCCUAGUCAUAGGAGAGGAUUUGCAAGUUCCUGUGAAUCUCCAGCUAAGCCAGCCAGAGAACCAAAACUACAAGGCACCUUCAGGAACUACAAAGUUGGGGUAUGAUUAUGAUCAUUUUGCUGAUAGACCACACUAAUUAUUAUGCAAAAGCAUUGACAUCAAAUUUGUUUUGAUUGCUGCAGCAGAUUGCAAUUGCAUUGAUGUAUUUGCAGGAGAUAGGUGUUUCUUGAUUGUUAUCAAGAAAAAUGGACUCAGAUUUUAACUUGAUGCUUUUUCUUCAAACAUUGUGGCAUGUAGGUCAAAGACUGAUUAGCUUAAAGAUUUUAAUAGGAAAUUAUCUAAGAAAGAAAAAGCAACCCUUAGCAUGUACGUGAUAAACAAUGAAGCAUCUUAUGUGAAGCUAAAACUCAAUCAAGUAAGAAAUUCUUCAAACCAAUAGAUGAGUAAAUUGUAAUUCAUUUCAGUUGUUUGAUUAUAUUAAAAAUUAUUUCAGGCCUUCAAAUGGGUGAAAGCAGUCAAACUAAAGUAACCAUGAUGUUAGUAAUACAUUAAAUAAGAUCAUUGCAAUAGAGUAUAUGGACUCCAGCACAAGGGAAUAUACAACUACUGCAAAAUGAAUUUAAACACCUGUGAA